AUGUACGGUUUCAAUGCAUCCAAUCAGUCUGGUAAAACCAGGUAUGAGCAGAGGCCCUCGUCUCCACGAGUCAAAUGCACCAUCUGUGCUGUAUACACCAACCGAAUCUACGACGCCAAGGUCAACUUCACCAACCCCCCGCCUACAGCUAUCAGGCCAACGAAACCAACGGAUCUAAUUAUACUAGGCGAGUCAACUACGCCUGCCAGAUCACCGACUCCAGUUGAUGCAGCAGCAGAAACCGAAUCAAUUGCGAAAGUUAAGCUUGUCAUGGGGAACCAUGAUCCAGAAACACAUAAGUCCCGGUUCAGAGUCUCGUCGACAAAAUUGAUGCUGGCUUCUGUGAAAUUUGGAAAAAUACUCUUUCCUGGAUGGGAUUAUGGUUCCAAGGCCUUAACCCAACCAGAGGUCUACGACAUAGACCAAAAUGCAUUCUCAAUCAUGUUGAAUAUUAUUUAUUGUCGAACACAGGUCCCCCACUCCAUCGAUCUGGGAAUGUUGACAAAGCUGGCGGUGCUGACUGACUACUUUGGAUGCCAUGAAGCCCUAGAGCCUUAUCCAUCGAUUUGGUUGGAAGGUUUGAAGGAUGAAGUUCCUACGACGUUCUCUGAUGAGCUGAUAAAAUGGAUCUGUAUCUCUUGGGCUUUUAACUAUGAUGAUGUCUUCACCAAAGUAACGCGAAUCGCACAGCGUCAGGCGCCAAAUUACCUGGAUCUUUUGAACCUGCCCAUAUCAGUCUGUCUAUAG